CAACCAACAAAACAAACUAUUAUUACGUUUCUCCCAUCCCCUAACUUUUCUCUUCCUCUUCGUCUCUCUCACUCUCUCACGCUGAAAUUGUCAUCACCAAAGAAAAAAAUGUAUAGAUCUGCAAGUUGGAGCCGUGUUAAUGAUCAAGACUACUACUCACAGUCUUCAUCCCCGUCGUCUAAAGGGACGGCGGGGCUGAGAAUGUCAUCGUCGUUCGAAUUGAGCAGCGGUGAGCUGCCAAUGUAUGAUCAAAUCGCUGAGAUGGCUAAGAAGGAGAAGGCACGCCUUAAGUUCGCUGAAAAUGCUGUUCAUAUCAUCCCUCUGGUGCUUAUUAUCUGCGCCUUCAUUCUUUGGUUCUUUUCUUCUCCAGAAGUAGAUAUGAUGACGAGGGAUUCGAUAGCAGCAAGAAUUGAAGGAUUGACCAUAGAAGGGGACAUAGAGAAUGAUAGUGAUGGAACUCAGACAAACGUUUUACCGAUCCUCGAUUUUGGAGACGUCGACUCCCCUAAACAAACUGAUCAUCUCCAAGCUUCUAAUAAGUUGGAGAACACACUCCUUUGAUCAAUUUAUUUAUUUAUUUAUUUUAUGCCUUCCCAUUUUCCUACCUCAUUUUAUUACUGCAUUUUAUUUUUGCAGUCAAAAGACUUUAUAAAAAAAAAUGUUAGCUUUAAUUAUUCGUUUUUCUUUUCAUUAUG